GACGGAGGAGCUGCAGUUGUAAGCUCUCUCUCUUGGUUCUUUCUUUUUGAAAGCCUAGUGUUCAUCUAAGCAUGGUAUUGGCAUUACUGAUUAAGCAGGGAAUUCUGGCGCUUGUUUUAAUGCCAUGGCUUUCACUCGCCAUGGAUGUUCCCUACAUUAGGCAAUUGGCCGCUCAGUAUAAUUUGUCAUGCCUUUUAGUGUUUGGAGAUUCAAGUGUUGAUCCUGGGAACAACAAUGCUCUUCCCACCCUGAUGAAAAGCAACUUCCCUCCUUAUGGGAAGGACUUCUUCAAUGGCCACCCAACAGGAAGGUUUAGUAAUGGCAGGCUUGCCUCAGAUUUCAUUGCUGAGGCGGUAGGUUACAGAAAAAUAGUCCCAGCAUUUCUAGACCCAAAUCUGAAGCCAUCAGAUCUUCCACAUGGGGUUAGUUUUGCAUCAGCAGCAACAGGUUACGAUGAUUUUACUGCCAAUAUUUCGAGCGUCCUGGCAGUAUCAAAACAGCUAGAGUAUUUUAAGCAUUACAAGAUCCAUCUGAGAGAACUAGUGGGUGCAGAAAGAGCAGAAUUCAUAGUAAGAAAUGCCCUUUACAUAGUCAGUAUGGGCACAAACGAUUUCCUGCAGAACUACUUCUUGGAUCCUACUCGCCCUAAUCAAUUCAGCAUGCCACAAUUCCAGAAUUUCUUGCUCUCCCGCUUUUCUCAUGCCAUUGAGGCAAUGCAUAGGCUAGGAGCAAAUAGAAUUGUCGUGGUAGGGGUGCCACCAAUGGGAUGCAUUCCACUGAUGAAAGCGUUGCAGAAUAAGAAAAACUGUGUGGCAAGCUUGAAUAAAAUAGCUUACUCAUUCAACGCAAGACUAUUGCGCCAACUGGCCACCUUGAAGGCAAAACUGGGCAUAAAAACUGCCUAUGUUGAUGUCUAUAACUCUAUGCUCAAUGCUGUUUUGGACCCCAAAAAACACGGUUUUGAGGAAGGAUCAAAGGGAUGUUGUGGGACAGGGACAGUGGAAUAUGGGGAAUCAUGCAGAGGAAUGGAGACAUGUUCAGAUCCAACCAAAUACGUAUUCUGGGAUGCUGUUCAUCCCACAGAGAUGAUGUACAACGUUGUUGCUGGUGCAGCUAUUCAUUCUGUCGCUAGAGAACUCACUUCAUAGUUCAUAGUCUCCACUGUUUCUUUUAUAUUAUCAGGCAAAUGCACUCUUUUUUCUUUCUCCUUGUCCCUGAAAUAUCGUAUGAUCAAGGUUCAAGUUUAGGAAAACUGCACCAGCAGAUCAAAGACAUGUGAAAAAGUUGGGUUACAAGUUUUAAAUGCCACAAUCACCGGUUAAGAUUGUUUAACGUGCGGUUUACAAUAUUGCUUCAACUUUGUUAGAUUGUUUUGCGGACUCACUGCUUUGUUUGAGUGCUACGAAACAGAAGAAUAAUCUCAUGGAACUUUAAUAAUAAUGAUCUUGUUUUCGUGCCUACAA